AUGGAAGGAAAUGCGAUGGAUAUUAGCCUGGAAGGCAAGUCUUGGGAUUCGGACACAGCCGCUAAAACAUUAAAGCAUCAUCAAGGCCAAAAUGAGACCCAUAAUACCUUCCGCCGAAGCAGCUUGAGCAUUAUUCAGCCCAAGGGAAAGGCAUGCAAUUUUCCUGGAUGUUCAGAAUCAGCGGUGAAACAUGAUUUACUUGGCGAAGGAACGGCUCUACAACAACUUUCGCGUCCUGCUGAAGUCCCUUUGUUUCAACAGGAUAUUAAUAAUUUGGAUCCAAAACCAGUUGCUGGGCCUGUCGAAGCCGUAGAAAUUGUCGCUGAGUUGGAUCUGGGCAUUCUACUGCAGCGAUGGCUAACCAAACUAAAUGACAUAGAGUCCCCUGAUAACUCGAUAGCGAAAAAACCUUAUCGACCGAGGACCAGUGGGAGUCUACUGAAACGCCACGAGGAGUCACAACGGUUCGCGGACAAACUGUCAGUGGAACAGGCGGUCGCUGAGUCCAUUUUCAGCUUAAACAGAGAUCGAGCUACCUCCGACCGCUUAAGGCCAUGGACAGUCUCCUUAAACUCCCAUUACCCUCGAAAAUCCUCUGAACUGGUAGAAGUACCAUCAAUGGCUUUAACUGCAGCUCACAGCUCUGCUGGCACGCUAAAUAAUCUUCUUCAGCAAGCCAGCGACAGCACAGUCGAUCUUUGUAUCCAAACUGUUGAUCUAUUUUCCACGGAUUCAGUUAUGUCGGAGACUUCGACAAGAGAAUGA